UAGGUCUUGCUAUACUAGCCAACUUCAUUUUAGCUUUUGUGAGUUCUCUCUCUCUCUCUCUCUCAUGGAGAACAAUCACCAAAAGCCCCAUGCUAUUUUGUUUCCCUACCCUCUUCAAGGCCAUGUAAUCCCUUUCGUCCAUCUAGCCAUAAAGCUUGCAUCAAAGGGCUUCAUCAUCACCUUUGUGAACACUCAAUCAGUCCACCACCAUAUAACCAAAUCUAAACCCAAUAGCACCAAAGAAGAUGACAUCUUCACCGGAGCUCGUAAAUCAGGUCUAGACAUACGCUACACAACUAUCAGUGAUGGUUUUCCACUAGGGUUCGAUCGUUCCCUCAACCAUGACCAGUUUUGGGAGGGUGUUUUACAUGUCUUCCCUCCCCACGUCGAUGAACUUCUAGCAAAAAUGGUUCACUCCGACCCUCCCAUCACUUGCUUGAUUUCAGACACUUUUUUCGUGUGGUCAUCAAUGAUUGCCAACAAGUAUAACCUUGUUAAUAUUUCUUUCUGGACUGAACCAGUUUUAGUUCUUACUCUCUACUAUCACUUGGAUCUUCUCAUAAAAAAUUCUCAUUUUGCUUCUCGUGAUAAACGUGAGGACACAAUCGAUUACAUACCGGGUGUGAGGGCCAUUGAACCAAAGGAUUUGAUGUCUUAUCUUCAAGCUACCGACAAUUUAUCAACGGUGGUGUACCGUAUCAUAUCCAAGGCAUUUGAGGAUGUGAAAAGAGCGGACUUUAUUGUCUGUAACACGGUCCAAGAGCUUGAAUCCGAGACAAUCUUAGCCUUGCAAGAAAAGCAGCCAAUAUAUGCAAUUGGGCCUCUUUUCCCAGUUGGGUUCACCAACAACACUGUGCCUACUAGCAUGUGGUCCGAGUCAGACUGCACCCAGUGGCUUAGCACCAAGCCACAUGGUUCAGUUUUGUAUGUCUCGUUUGGUAGCUAUGCUCAUGUUAGUAAGCAAGGCAUUGCAGAAAUAGCAUAUGGGCUUUUGGUUAGUGGAGUGAGUUUUAUUUGGGCGGUUCGACCUGAUAUUGUGAGUUCUGAUGAGACCGAUUUCCUGCCCGUUGGAUUUGAAGACGAGACCAAAGGUAGAGGCUUGAUCGUGCCUUGGUGCCGUCAGAUGGAUGUGAUCUCACAUCCGACGGUCGGAGGGUUCCUAACUCAUUGUGGAUGGAAUUCAAUAUUGGAAAGCAUAUGGUGUAGUGUACCAAUGUUGUGUUUCCCUUUGCUCACUGAUCAAUUCACUAAUAGAAAAUUAGUGGUUGAUGAUUGGAGGAUUGGACUUAAUCUAUGUGACAUGAGGUCAAUCACAAGAGAGGAAGUUGCAAGAAAGAUUAACCGUCUGAUGAGUGGAAAAUUGGCUGAUGAAUUGAGGACGAAUAUUGGGGAGCUCAAAAAGGUAGUAGUGAACUCAUUGACCACUCAUGGAUCAUCAGAAAAUAAUUUCAAUCAAUUCAUCAAUGACGUGAAAAUCAAAAUCAGAAAGAAAUUUAGCACUGUCACAUGGAAACACAAUGGUCCAUCAUUCAAUAAUGCUUAGUUUCCAUGCAUGGCCUUCCAGUAUGAUCAAUCAUUGUACAAAUUCAUAAAUGAAAAUGACAGUGCUUAAAUAUUGUUCCAUUGAAUAAUAGAGUAUAGGUCCCUUCUCAGGUCGCUUUGCAUUGUAUCAUCUUUCAAUGUUUUACAAGGAAUUGUGUUACUUUUAAUUA